ACAGAUUCUGAAGUCAAUAUCAGAAAGAAGACAUUCACUGAGGUUCAAACAGAACGAUUGGAGCAAGCAGAACGGACUGUUUUAAUUAAGUGCCCACAAAAACUUAAUGGAAAAAAAUUAUUGCAGUAUUUAUCUAGUCAUGGAAACAUUAACAGUCACUUCUUUUUUGAAAAUCGUGGUGUCCAUGCUUUAAUAGAAUUUUCUGAAAAGGACAGUAUAGCCUCAUUGCAGGAUGCUGUUGGAAUCCCAAGUGCUGCAGAGCAUCAUGUUGUUCCAUUUAAAUCUAGACUUUUUAAUUUCACGCUGAAAAACACAGUGAGUCAAGCUGCUGAAGAGACACCAGUUCACCUCUCUCCUCAGUCUCACAUUCCAGUGACAGAGCUAAUUCAAAAGCUUUGAUAUGCAGACAGUAUAAGCAGUCAGAUGUACAUUCUACUGAAUGAGUAUCAGCUUACAGAAGAAAAUAUCAAGCUCCGAUUUCUGGCCUGUUCUUUGGUUCGGGAUUUUGCACGUGCAUAUUUUCCAGACAGCACAGUAAAGCCAUUUGGCUCUUCAGUCAACACCUUUGGCAAAUUGGGAUGUGAUGUGGACAUGUUUCUGGACUUCCAUGAUACACGAAAGCAUGCUGCAAAAAUGAAAAAAGGUCCCUUUGAAAUGGAAUAUCAGAUGAAAAGAUUACCAUCUGAAAGAUUAGCAACUCAGAAAAUUCUUUCUGUGAUUGGUGAUUGCCUUGAUAAUUUUGGUCCUGGAUGUGUGAACAUACAGAAGAUACUCAAUGCUCGCUGCCCGCUGGUGAAAUUUUCCCAUCAACCGACAGGAUUCCAGUGUGAUCUGUCAGUGAGCAACAGCAUUGCUAUAAAAAGUUCAGAACUCUUGUAUAUCUAUGGCUGGGUUGAUUCCCGUGUAAGAGCACUAGUGUUCAGUGUACGAUGUUGGGCACGUGUUCAUGGACUUACAAAUAGUGUUCCUGGUACCUGGAUUACAAACUUCUCUCUAACCAUGAUGAUCAUGUUUUUUCUGCAAAAGAGAUCACCACCUAUCAUUCCAACACUAGACCAACUUAAAGAACUGGCAGAUGAAAAAGACAAGCAUGUAAUUGGAGGAUAUGAUUGCUCAUUUGUUAGUGAUUUAAGCAAGAUUAAACCUACAAAAAAUACAGAAACACUUGAUGUAUUGUUGGGUGAUUUUUUUGAAUAUUUUGGAAACUUUGAUUUCAGAAAGAAUUCCAUAAAUCUUCGAAAGGGAAAGGAAGUAAAUAAACCUGAGUCGUCUCCUCUUUAUAUCUGGAAUCCCUUUGAACAAGACCUUAAUAUCAGCAAGAAUGUUAAUCAGCCACAGCUGGAGAAAUUUGUAGCUAUGGCCAGAGAAAGUGCCUGGAUUUUACAGAAGGAAGAUAAAACUCAGCGAAUGAUCAAUAAAGAGCCUUGGGGACUGGCAGCCCUAUUGAUACCAUUUGGAAAAAGUAAUCCCAGCAAGAUGAAGAAUAGGAUGAAAGGAAUAGGAAGUGAAACAAUCAGAAGCCUUUUGGACUCUUUAAAGUUAAAUAAUGCAAACAGUCUACAAAAAGCAGUGGGAAAGUGACUUUCAGCACAGAAACACAGUAGCUGAUAUUCUGUUUUAGGAAUUGAAUGUGACACACAGUCCGAAGAACAUUACUUUUAAUGUUUCUAGUGUGGUGAAAUGGAGAGUCAAAUGACCUCUGUUUUCCAUUGUGAUGCUUUUUGUACAGGUCUGCUUUCUUUCUGUAUAUUUUUCUCCUCCUUACUCUUCACUUUUCCAUCUGUUUUAUGAAUGAAAAGCAUUCAAAUGCAAGUUUUACAGAUACAUUUUGGAAGUAGCCUUCAGUUGGGCACUCUAAAAAAAAACAACGAUGAAACAGACUGACAGGAGCAGCAUGGGAAAAAGCCUUUGGGAAUUCUGUUGGCUAACAUACAAAUGAUAGACUAAGUAAAAGCUCGAGAAACAAACACCUUUCAGUGAAACUACAGUUAAAAAGAAGUUGAAUGUUACAACCAUUGCUUCCAUUCCAGUCAUGUUCUGGAAGCCAGUAAAACCAAAGUGCAUGUAUCGAUUUUUGCAAUUGUUUUCCAUUCAUGUAGAUGGUGCCAAGACAAAAUAAAGAGAAUGGAAUUAGAUAGUAGGGUUUGCAGUUUCAUAAAGCAUUGCUCUCCAAGGGUAGUGCAACUGUUUUGUGUUGGAAGAAUUGUUUUCCUCUUGUGUUUACCACCUGAUCUCAAAUUUCUUCAGUCAACUCUCUUUUGUUUUCUGUACCCGUAGGACUGGUUCCCACCCCGCUUGUAUAUACACUCAUGUUUCUCAUUUUGCCUUCAACUUCACUUUAAACCUGUAUUUCAGGUUCAGGCAGGGGCUUUUGCAUGCCCUUCUUGCCUCCUCACUCUCCUCAAAGUUGCUGCCUACUAGGCGACACCAAAGCCUUCCACUCACUAUGCUUUGCAGAGGGAUCUGUCCCUUGCAGAGAUCCAUAGAGAAUCAUAUAUCAUGCUGGAGUUCUGUUCCCAGUCUUGCCUUGUUUUUCAGAUAUUCAGCAGAACGGUGACUGUCCCCCUUCCAGAUCAGAUGGGCCAGCAAGAGUCAAUGGUUCUCAUUGAGUUCUCUGUCCAUCUGCCACAAAAGAGAGUAUUUUCAGAGGAAGGGGGAGAGGGGAGGGACAGAAGUCAGAAAGGGAAAUGGAGGGCAGGCAGAUAGAUUUUUCCAGGUACGUUUGUGAGUAUUCUACCUGUCCAGUUUGAGGGCCACUCGCACAUUAGAACUAAAUGGCCACCGUGAUAACAACUCUACAGACUGUUGUCUUUAUUCUUAACAGAAAAUCUGUACAAGAAAUUACUGUAACUCAGAGAUUAUCAUACAGAUGCAAUAUUGAUGUUUAUGAUUACUGUUUCAUUUUCAGUAUUUUUAGGUUCUUUAAUGUUACAGUGGUAUAUGAUUUUGUGUAGACUUUUUUCUAAUGGUGUAGUCUGAACAGUUAAGACGUGUUUUCUCUUUUCCCUGAGGUAUUAUUUUUUGGAAAUACUGUGGGCAGUAAUGCAUACUUCCAAAGUGCUUGUAAAAACUGGGCAAGGAAAAGUACUUUCCAGCAGUUGGCAGACUAAAGGGUUAGACCUUGAGUGGCAGGAAGACCGUCUUACAAAUCAAUUCCAUAUUAGUUUAUUUGGAGUUUAAAAUAAUAUUUAUAUGUGUCCAUUUCUGAUUCAUGAAUGUUUUCUCGAGUAAUGACUCACAUAGUCAUCAUCUUGGUCACAGGAAUUAAUUCUCAUACUAACUUCUUCAAGAUUGAGCCUUGAAUUUCAAACUUAGUUUUCUACCUAAAUCCUGGUGCCAGGGUGUGAACUUCUUUUUGGAGGCUGGUAUGAAGUUUACUGUAACUUCUUAUUGGUGCUAACCCAAAGCCUUUGAUAGCAAGCAUGGCACUGAUGCUGUAAGGAGUCUGUUGCUACCUUAAUCUUUACAGAACCUAGAGGUACAUUUUCUGCUGUUUCCCCAGCAAUAGACUUUGAAGCUUUUUGAAGAUUAGGGCAGUACUUGAGUACUUGUGAGCUUUCUUUUUUCCAGCUAAACAAAAUGGGUAAUACUGCAGUGCAGUAAUAAGAAAAUGGCUUAUCAGGGACAGAAGCAUACACCAGAACUGUGGCACCUACUUGCAUUAUAUUCACAGUGGUUCACUCUGACAUACGUAGGAAAGAUUUUUGUAAGAAUUUUGACACAUAGACACAGGACACUUGUAGUCAAAUACCAAUGAGCUUUGUAAUUUGGUUAUACAGUUGAGCCGCGCUGAAGCACAUGCUUCAUUUGUAAAUGUGAAUAGGCGUUCAAGCUGCUUAGUAUUCCUUAAAAGGCAGGGCAGAACAUGGUUACUGUACACGCAGCGCCUUUCAGCAUCACUUUUCUGUUUAGACUGUCUGUCCCUUUUGGGAAUAGUUCUGAACCCUUGUCAUGGCGGCAGGCCAAUUUCUGAAAAAAAAGAAGCCGAAAGCAGUGUUGUAGCAAUGGAAAUGCACAGGUGAUUAUUUCAGAUGUCUGCAAGUCCAGGGAGCUGGAGGCCAGCUGCUGAGUGAAGGCUAGAGAUUUCGAGGAGCAGCUAUCAUUGAUGAUGUAAAUAAGCCCGACUGGCAGCUUUCGUAGAAGAGACUGCUAGCUGGGGGUGGAGGACCGACCGUAAGCUUCCCUAGAGCAUGAGCUGUGACUGGGAGAAGAGCUGCGUGACACCGGUGGAACUGAAGCCAUCUGUAGGAAGAGAACCAGACAGAGAAGAGGAGGACCAAGAUUUGAGGGAGUGUAUUUAGCAAAUCAAGAGAGAUGGUGUGAUUAUAAUAAUUUCCUGAGGGCAGCAGCCUUAUCGCAUUGAAGAUGGUUAGAAACAAUCAAUAUGGUUCUGUCAGUAAAAACAAGGGUUGGAUAUUUGUCAAGAAAGGACUAUGGUGAUAGUCUGGAUUUGAGAGCUUGUUCAUAUGGUCCAAAAACACGUAAACAAUGUCUUGGUGAGAAUGAGGCGGUAAGUUUUAGUUACUUCUCAAACUUGGCACUGAUAUGCUAUAUUGGGGGUAGGGCUGUUGGGGAGGCCACGUGUAAGGAACAUCAGUGCGUUAAACACAUUUUUGCCCCUUCCCCUUGCUGGGAAUACUAAAAAGUAUGUGCAGUCUCACAUUCCCUGGCUCUUAACUGGUUAGGGAAACUGAAAACAUUUAAAAGUUCCUUGCCCUGAGAAAAUGCUCUUUGGGACAUUAACUUCAAGUUAACAUUUGUUGCCAGAGAUUUUUUUUUUCCCCCCUAAAUGUUUGACGCUCACAACAGUUGCAGGAGUGGGUUCUGCUACAACUGCCACUGCUCCAUCAUUCCUCCAUAGUUUCCUGGGAAUCUGCAGCCUUGGUCUACAGUUAGCUGCUGGCUGAGCAUCUGUGUGUGAUGCUCAUGGCUAAGACACAGCCACAAAACAGACUUCUUGACUGGUAGCAGAUGUUCUAUUCCUCUGCCUCAAUUUCAAAACUACAGUUCCUGCCUGGGAUUCUAUCCUUUAGACUUUGGAUCAUAGUAAAAUUCAGGUUGGGAGAGACCUCUGGACCUAAUUCAGCCUUCUCCUCAAGCGGGAUCAGCUGUGAGAUUAGACCAGGUUCCUCAGGGCUUUAACUAGUCAGGCCUUGAAAAUCUCCAAGGAUGGAGACUGCACAACCUCUCUGGACAACCUGUUCCAGUGCUUGACUGUCCUCGUCACCCUGAUGAGCUGGUCUGUAAUACACUGCUAUGUGCUUGUCACUGUUAACUGCCAUCCAUCACAAAUGUUCAAGCUGCUCCUUCAUGUAAAAAGCCCCCUCAACCUUCGCUUCUUCCUUCCCUGUCUUUCCUGAGAAGCUUGUAUCCAUCCAUCACAGUGCUCCCACCACAUGUGGGCUCUCCCACCGUAUCUGUUAUUCCAACAGUGCUGUAGAAACAGCACGAGGAGCUUUAGUUCCUCCUGCUUAUUCCCCAGGCUGCCGCAUGUUUGUAUCCAUACAUUUGAGGUGGUCAUCUGUUCAUCCUUUUUUAUUGUUCUGAGGUCCCUCUUGUUCCUGCCACUCUGCAUCUUUUGCUCUCAAUCCAUGUCCACUGCUGCCUCACUUAACUUUGUUAUAAUUGUCCUCCCUUAUUGUUCCUAGCUGAAAGCCUUGAUAUGGACAUUGUUCUUAUCCAGCUUAUAAAGUCCCCUCGACAUUCAAAUCCUGCCUAAAAAUUAAUUUCUAAAAGGGUCUGCAGGAAAAUAAGAGGUUGUGAGUACCAGAUUAGCAUGAUGGAAAAGCAGCAGAAAAUACAUUUGCGCCUCUGCAGGGGAGCAUGGUGGAAACAUCUGAGCUAGCCUCAGCUGUGCUGGUGCAUCUGCAGCGAAGAUAACACCAUGCAGAGACACUCAUGCAGGUGUGGAAGAGGACUCUGCUGCCCAGCAGAGCUUGUCAGCUUGGAUUUGGCACACUGCUGACGCUCUGUUACUUCUGGGUCCAGAGCAGUCGGGCUCUCAGCUGCAACGUAGCUGUACUCUGUGCUUGUGCUGGGUCUGUGGUCAUUGAGGAAACGUGUUCUUACAACAGCAUGUCUUCGUCCUUGCAAAUUUAUUUCUAAGUUCAAUUUAGUUUAUACUCUCGGGGGUGGUCAGGCUAUGUUUUUACUUGACAAAAUUUUGUACCUUUGGAAAAAGGAAAGAUAGAGAACAAACCUUUAUUUAAAUAAUUUUGCCAACAAACUAGUUAAAGGUCCAUGCCAAGCUCAACUGAAGCAAGUUUAGGAUUUCCAGCCUGGGCUGCUUUGGAGAGCUGAUUCUUCCACAAUUAGGAAGUUUUUCAAAGUGAAAUCAUCCUGUUACUGGAAAGCUCUCUCUUCCAAAUGCUUUGUCUUGCUUAUUGCAAAAUUACCACCAAGGUUCUCUUCUAGUACAAAGUUCUUCUAGCAGUCAGGGGUAAUUUGAGGUCACUUUGUUUAAAACAAGGGUUAGGAUUUACACAAGGCUAACCUGUGCCUGGAGAUAAAAUUUCUUCCUCCAAAGUCCUCUUAGUUGAAAGUCUUGAUCGACUGCUUUUGCAGACCCGUUUCUUGUACUUUCUUUAAGUAGAGGGUUGGUUUGCUUUCUUUUGCAGGACCUUCCUGCUUCUUUUCCCCCUCCCCAUUGUCUUUUCAUCAUAUCUCAUCUGAUCUGAUCUGUAAAAAAUAGUAUUUCAUUUGGCCCAUAUUAUUUUGUGGAGCAAUAGUGAAUACAGUUGCAUUCAAGAAACGGGUAGUUCUUAAAAUGUGGCUCUCAUGUUGCAAUGUAACUUUUUUUGACUACUUGAUUUCUUGUGUAGAUUGAGUCUCCAUACUGCCUUUUCCGUGGCCUGUAGAGGGAUCAAUUAGCUGGACUUGAUGUGCCUCACUUACAGUGAACAUGUAUUUUUAGGAAGUCUAUUCAUUUAAGAGACUUGUUUAACACAGUCUGUAGUAUUAGAAAGCAGAAGCUACCUGCAAAUUUUUUGAGAGACUCUUUACCCUUCAGAAUUAUUUCUGUUUUCCCCUGUUGUUAUGAGGAAAAUGAUGUUCAAUUUGUUUCACAGAAAGACUUCAGAGAUAGGUUUUUUGUUCCCAUGCUGAGCUCUCUUGUGCAUACAGAUUUGUAGUCAAUGUAAACAGUGCAGCCCUGUACAGGAAUCUUGCAUGGAACAACUCCCAGAAUAUGUCUCCUAGGUAUUAUCCUCGCAGCCCGACGGGGAAGUAAAAGCACCAUGAAUUACUAAGGCAUAGCCUCCCAUUUGUGUUGCUGACUCCACAGGAUGGAACAAUUCCCAUAAUUCUGUAUCACUUUUUCUCACGUUGGACACAGGCAGAACUCUGCUCUCCUGCAGAGAAAGGUACGUAUGUUAGAAGUCGGAUUGUUAGGUUGUAAAGCAGUAUUAUUUAAAUUCUUUCUGAACAUUUGCAUCUUAAGUUUGGUUUUCUAAAGUCCUUCUCUAGGAGCUAUUGCUGGAGAUUUUCAGGAUGAGAGAAGGAACUGGGAGAAUACAUAAAGGCUUCAUAUUGCAAGUAAUUAGAUAAAUGGUAAUUACUAUUAGAUUAAUUAUCAAAAAUAAUUAUAUAGUGGAAAGUAAUACAUGUAACAAUCCAGCAAUAACAAGGAACACUGCCUAAUCUCUUUGAACCGAUUUUCCUCCCUUAAUUUUCUGUAGUCCUCCCAGUGGUGCAUUACUUCUAUAAAAGGAUGGGAUUUGGGAGAGCAUACUGAAUGGAAAUUACAAUAUCCAAUACAUGGGAGGGUGAGUAUUUAGCCACUGCAGUAAAUAAAAAAGAAGCGUUACUGACGCCAUCGUGAAAUGAGGUUCAGAGAUUUUGUGAGUCCAAAAAUACAACAUAGAGAAUUGUUCUGUGGAUCUUUAGGUGAUUCAUACUGCUUCCUUUUGAAAAUUAUCUUUGGACACCUAUCAAAAGAGGGUUUGCUAUAAUUGCUUGAUAUCUGAGCUUGCAAAGUAAGAUCUCAUUUGAAAUGACCAUGAUCUCUUUGUUGAGACACGAAAGACCUUAGCUAUUACAGUUCUGCACUAAAAUCCAUGUUUAAGAAGGUUUGCGCUGCAGUUGGCUUAGGAAUGUGGAAUAUUAUCAUUUUCAGUUAUUCUAAAAAUGCAAAUGCUUACGGAUAGCAACAGACUUUCACACUUCUCCCACUUAGGCCGUAUGAUUUUAGUUCCCCUUUUUACUAUAGACGGUAUUUCCAAUCUUUGAAAUGUUUUGCAGCAAUUAAUUUUAUAUUUCUUCUAGGAGAUAAAUAACAAAGUAAAAGAUCUCCUCUGUGUUUGUUCAGUAAGUUGCUGUUCCAUUGUGCUGUUGAAGUCUUUGAUGAGAUAAAGAAUAAACUGUCUGGUGCUUUCCUUCCUCAGA